AUGCGAGGUUCCUUAGAGAAGGCUGGUGCAGGUGAGGCUCGGGCCACCUUCCGCCGCGCACUGGCCCGUCAGCGGAGCCCCGAGCUAGCUGCCGCUUCAAUUAGGCGGUUACCGAACACGCGAUUCCGUCCCGGUGACGGCACCAAAUAUAAUAUUAACUACCCCGCUCUGUUUUUUGGGAGAGGUCAGUCUAGUGAAGAGACUAAUUGGCUUAUUGAGGAGUCAGGUUGUAUGUUACGUGGUGUUGGUACCGAGCUCGCCCCACGUGGUACGAGCUGGGUCUGUGCACUCUCAACGACAUGUCGUAUGACGUCAUACGACACGACUUUAGUUGUGUGCUAG